UCUAUUCGUUUCAUUCACGCACACUGUUGCGUGAUUUGUGGAAGUUGUGAGGCUUGGUUUCUGAUUUUUGUUUUUUUUUUCAUCUCGUCUGUGCUUUGCCAGCCACUUGCUCGCUUGUCCGUCUCUUACUUACAAUUGCUGAACUUUAUAAAGUUACCCAAGAAAUAGUUAUAAUAAAAUAUGUGUAUUGUAAUUCAAAAAGUUGGUUUGUUACAAAGUGUGAAGUGAAAUCUCUGUCAAGUAAGCUCCAGAUGUUGGUGUAAACGGCAAUAACCUCGUUUCGUGUCAACAAAUAAUAAUAAACAGUGUCGAGAACAAGUUAUUGUCGCCGUUUUAACUACAGUAUAUGAUGAAUUAUACUAUGUAAAAUAAUAGAAGACCACAGGAAUGAAUAUCAGAAACAGUGGAACAUGAAAUUUGUUGCGACUUUAUCGGACUUCACCCACUUAUCUUUUAUGGUUAACAGUGAAGUAUGAUGUGGUAUAUGUACAAAGUGGUAGCGCUGGUGUUGCUCUGCGCGCUAAGUAAAGGCGAGCUGCCCGAGGACGACUUCAGGAUAAUAAACAGCCAAGAUGUACUAUCAUCGAACUCGGAUAUCUUUGAAGAUAAAAACAGCAAAUCAUUUUCGCAACUUCUCUUCGAUGUGGCAAGGGACCAGGUGAUCGUGGGCGCAAGGGAUGCACUUUAUCGACUUACGCUCCGAGGCCUCCGGUUGAUUGAGAAGGCGGACUGGCCAGCAGAUGAAAACAAGAUAAAACUAUGCCAAGCGAAGGGCCAAACAGAGGAAGACUGUCACAACUACAUUAAAGUUCUUUUAUCAUAUGGACACAAAUUGUUCGUGUGUGGUACGAACGCUUUUAGCCCAGAAUGCACUUGGAGAGAGAUCGAGUCCAUCCGCAACGCAUCACACCAAAUAACGGGUGUCGCCAGCUGUCCAUACAAUCCACAUUCGAAUGUGACUGCCAUCCUGUCCAACAGUGGGGAGUACUACGCCGGAACGCCUACUGACUUUACAAGUUCCGACACGGCUAUAUGCAGGAGUCGGGGCGCGGGUCCACACAAUGUGACAACACUUCGCACUACGCAGUACGAUCAGAAUUGGUUGAAUGAACCACAGUUCGUUGGCAGUUUCGAAGAUGACAACUUCGUCUAUUUCGUAUUUCGGGAAAUCGCCGUCGAGUUUUUGAAUUGUGGAAAGAUAAUAUACUCGCGUAUCGCUCGCGUGUGCAAAAAUGAUUCCGGCGGACACGUGAUGGGCAAGAACAAUUGGAGUACGUUCCUGAAGGCCCGGCUCAAAUGUCCCGUCCAGGGGGACGUUCCAUUCCACUACGACGAGGUGCAGAGCGUCGAGUAUUUGCCGCAGGAAAAAAUACUUGUUGCAACGUUCACUACUCCCGCGAACAGUAUACCGGGAAGUGCAAUAUGCAUAUAUAGCAUGUCUGAAAUCCAGGCCGCAUUCGAGGGACCUUUCAAAGUGCAAGACUCUCCCACUUCUACUUGGGAACCGCGAUCUCCUUCUAAUCAAGCGAAGGAACACUUCCGAUGCAAACCCGAUUUAAGACCCCAUCAAACAAUAGAAUACUACCGCUAUCAGCUGAUGUACGAGUCAGUGUUGCCUAUAUCUGGGGAGCCCGUGUACAAGAAAACCUUGGAACGGUUCACUCACGUGACAGUGGACGUCACCAGUACCAAGAACGCUGGCAGGCAGUUCGUGGUUUUCGUAGCGACGCAAAGAGGAGAUAUAAUAAAGUUAGCAGUGUUGCCGCGCUUCGAUGGCGCGUGUUUGGUGGAAGUUUGGAAGUUGAGCGACGUGAAGGACGGUUUCGAAAUACAAACUAUGCAAUUUGUGAAAGAAACUAUGUCGGUGUACGUGGGCACGGCGCGCGGCGUUGCGCGGCUGGGCGGCGCGCGCUGCGGCCGGUACGGCGCGCGCGCGGGCUGCGUGGGCGCCGCCGACCCGCACUGCGCGUGGGACGACGCGCGCGACCUCUGCCUGCGCCUCGAGCGCGCGCACGACCCGCGCCUGCUGCAGGACACCGCCGCCUGCCCCGCCGCGCCGCCAGUUGACGGUGGCUGGUCAUCAUGGUCGGAAUGGGAGCAAUGCAUGCAAGAUGGAACGUCGCAGUCUGUCAACGGAGACGAAAAACCGGCGGACAUGUGUUUGUGUCGGACACGCCGUUGUGACAACCCUAAGCCAGCUAAUGGUGGACAGCUUUGUAAAGGCGUGAGUAUAUCGGUGACGAACUGCACGGUGCACGGCGGCUGGUCGGCGUGGUCGGGCUGGUCGGAGUGCAGCGCUACCUGCGGUAUUGCGGUCAAGUCCCGCCGCCGCUCCUGCAGCUCGCCCGCGCCCAGACAUCAAGGCCGCGUCUGUGUCGGACUCGAUACGGAGUACAUGUACUGCACCAGCCUGCCGCCAUGUCCGGAUCCAAAUCUGGUGCCAGUAGACGGAGGUUGGUCAGCAUGGGGUCCAUGGUCCGAAUGCGCUAGUUCCCUCCCGGGGUCCGAGUGCGGCCCUGGGUUUCGUGAGCGACGUCGUAGUUGCACAGAGCCGAUGCCAAGGCACGGUGGCGCCCCUUGUGAUGGCUCGAAGAUAGAGCGUCAGCAAUGCGACCUGCGGCCCUGUCAGACUCAUCAGAAAAAGGCCACCGCUUGGUCGCCUUGGGUGCAAAUUCCAAAUAAUUCCUCAGACGGGGGAUAUGUCGAGAGGCGUUUCAAAUUUGUCUGUAAAGUUCAACCAUCGGAACAAAUAGAUCUGUCAGUGGGGCGUGAGGAGGCGCGGUACUGCACGGCGCGGGGCGCGUGUUCGUCCGCGGGUGGUGCAGGGGGUGCGGGGGGCGCGGGGGGCGCGGACGGCGACCCGUGGGAGGCGUGGGGCGCGUGGGGCGCGUGCUCGGCGGCGUGCGGCGGCGGCCAGCAGCGCCGCGAGCGCCGCUGCCGCCGCCCGCCCUGCGCCGGCCCUGCAGACAUGCUGCGCCCCUGCAACCUGCACGCCUGCUCGGGCGAGUGGUCGUGCUGGAGCGAGUGGAGCGCGUGCUCGGGCGCGUGCGCGGGCGGCGCGGUGUCGGGCUUCCGCAAUCGCACGCGCAUGUGCCUGUCGCCGCGCGGCUGCGCGCACGCCGGCGCCGCGCUCGAGCGCCGCGUCUGUAUCUCCAACUGCGCUACAUCAGAAUCAGGGUGGGGCGAGUGGGGCGAGUGGUCGGAGUGUAUGCAGGGCGAGCGAGUGCGGCGGCGCAGCUGCCCGGGCGGCCGCUGCGUCGGGCCGCAGCUGCAGGUCGCGCGCUGCGCUGACGAUGACGACCUCAUGGACAACGAGCUAUAUGCAAUGCCUGCGUACACUCAAAACGCAGAAUUGGUGUCUUUCGCUUCAUCGCCACGUAACGAAGCGCUAAGUGCGGCCAGUGUCACCGGCUACAUAGCGGUUGCCUUUCUUGUUGGUUGCGUAGUGUCCCUGAUGGGUGCAUUGUUGUGGCGACGCAGCGUGGGCUCCGGCGGCAAGCGGUGGUGGCGGCGGUCGACCCGUGUGCCCUCCAGCCCGCACUAUAUGACGGCCACACAGAACAGCUACGUCACCGUGCCGCUCAAGGAUGUGCCCCGGAAAGCAAAACGUCAGCCGUCCUUUACCGGGAUCGGUGGAUCCAGCGGCAUCCUACUAUCCAAAAGUAACAACAUAUCGAACGCAAACAAUCACAACAACGCAUUGACUACACCCAAGUUGUACCCGAAGGCGAUAGCCAACGAGUAUGACUCUAUGGGAACACUGAAGAGGCAUUCCAACCAACCCAACAAUAAAAGCAAUUUGGAUAUGGAAGAAGAUAAAUUUUAUUGAAUUUUCAAAAGUUGAUUUACAUUUGAAUGAGUGAAUAUUACGAGUGUGAUGUGACUUGUACUAAACACACGUGGACAUGUCUGUCUGAGUGAUGGCUGAAUAACAAGUGUUUAUUUUCGGGAGUACGCUAUCAUAUGAGACAUGUUUCUUAUUCGCAGCUCGAGCUAAACAAGUUUGGAGUGUAAUGUUUUAAUUGUUUAGUGUCAGUUUGUGAAGUUCGGUAAAUAACUCGCUUAUAAAAUACGUCAAGCGUAAUUCUUAUGCUAAUAUUCAAAAUGUUAUUUGCCAAGUAGUAUAUUGUCGAUUCAGAACUUUAUUGUUCAAAUAUGACGUGCUGUUGCUUACAGUGUAAUGAACAGAAAUAAUUUAAACGAUGAUGUGGCAGAUUUAAGAUAUUUAUUUACAUAUUUUUGUCGUAGUGAUGUCUCUAAUGGCUUGUGAAUUAGUAUCAAUUUUUUUUUUAUUAUGAGUGUUUUUCACUCAACGCUAAUAUAUUUAUGAAGAAUGUGUAUACAGAAGAGAAAAUCUAUUAUUUUGUAGGUAUCUACCUACCAAUUAAAUCUCUAGAGGGUUUAUUUGAAUGAAAUAAAAUUCUAUAUUGUUUUACAAAGGUUUAAUUUAAUAAAAAAAUAUGCAUUUUAAUAUCAGUUAAAAUAGUUGAAUUUUUUUUAAUACAGUAAAUUUAAAUAUAAUUUAAAAUAAUAUAUUGAAGGAAUCUCAGUUAUUUUGAUGUGUUUGUUUGUUUGUUUUUAUAAUAUUGAUGUAUUGAAAGUUUUUUUUUUUUAUUUCAUACAUAUAAAUAAUUUUUAUUAUUUAUAUGUAUGCAUGUGUUGUAUUUUUUUUAUAAUAUGAUAUAGUAAUGAAGUUUCAACGAUUACUUUUAAUGAUGGAAUAUUUUAUUAGUAUAUUUGCCUUAUUACGCAAAUCCCAGUACUUACUUAUUAUGUGAUUAUUAAAACUAUAAUUGUUUAUGUAGGUAGCUAAUAAAACUCAGUGCCAUUUUAAAAUUGUAAAUUAAAUGUAUUGAUAAGAUUUACUAAAACGGCGAUUAUUCAUUUUAUAGUGAUUUUUAUAUAGUUUUCAAAUGUGUUAAGUAUAUAAAAAUAUAAAUUAUAUUUUAAAACGAAAAGUAUGUGCCAUGUAAAUAGAUAAUAAGAUUGUAAAUAUAUAUUUUUCUUCAGAAACAUUCAAAGUUCCAAAUACUUUUUUAUUCAAUAUAUAUUAUAUACAAAUGGAUGUGUGUAUAUUUGAUAGACUUCGCCGUUCGAUUGAUUAAGACGCGCUUUGACACAUAUUUUAAACGAGGUUCUUGUGAUGUUGUUUACAUUGUUGUAGUUCGUAAGUAGGUGGCAAUAUUGUAUAUAAAUAUAAAUAUAUUAAAAUUGCACUAUAUAUAUAUAUAUAUAUAUAUAUAUAUAUAUAUAUAUAUAUAUAUAUAUAUAAUAAUAUAUAUACAAUAUAUUUUAGCUUUAUCAAUCGUAUUCUAACUCGCCACUAGAUGGUGUUGCAGUACGUCAAUUUCUAACAUGCAGAUCGUCCAUUUUUAUAUAAUAUAGAAAAAUAAAUAUACACAAUACAACCUUUACCAGGUUUUUUAGGUAUAUACAAAACAGUACAAAAUUUAUGUGCCUUCACGACAAUGUUCACGGAAUAGAUAUAUACAUAUAAAAUAUUUAUAAAUUGCCUAUACAUAUUUUGUUGAAUGUAUUUCAACAUUUUACGCGGCUCAUGUUGAGCCAAAUUUGUUAUUAAGUAAGUUUUUAAGUACGGUUGUUUGGUAUGUAGACUGUAUAGUACUCUUUUGAGGGAAAAGCGGUUAAUGUUAUUAUGGGCAUUAUCAAAUACACCAGUUUCAUAAUGAUAAACUAAGAGUAUAAGCAAAUGCCGUUACAGUGCAAAAAAUAAAAAUAAAAUAUUAAGAAAAAUAAUUUUACUAUAUAUAGAGAAUAGUCAUGGCAUUUAUUUUCAGGUGGCAAUACAGCCGUAGGAUCGGUAUGAAAAUAUUUGAAUUUAGAACACGAAAUCGUAAAUUUAAAAAAUGACCAAAAUAUUUUGUUAUAGAUAUUUUUUUCUUUUUAAAGAUUCUUUUUAUAAAUAUUUUAUGGCUUGUUUGUUAAAGAUUUUUCAAUAACAUUCUGAUGGCAUUGGUCCUUAGAUUUAUCUGUCAUCAAUAUAGAUGCAAAUCGUAUCCUUAAUUUUAGUACUAUGUGGUCUAUCAAACCGAGUCUUUUGUAUUUUUCUAAUGUUUACAAUAUAAAAUUUGUUAUAAUGUUAGCCUUAAGAGAGACUGAGAAUCGAUGGCUUAGAUAAUAUGUUUUAGAACUUGUUAUUUCUAUUAUAUUUCUAUAUCUUUCAUAUACAGUAUCUUUUAUACCACCUUUGCGGCUAGAUCCUAAAUGUAUAUCAAUCUGAAACAAAAUGAAUAGUAUAAAUGUAAAAGACAUUCCUAUGUUAUUUAAUCAAGUACUCGUGAAUGGAAGACCGGGUUUGCAUAUUCGGUAGAAAUAUAACCAGAUUAAACAAAUUUAGCACUUUUUGUCUUUAUUAACGAAGGUUUAAGCCCGGCACAUAGAUAGUAUAUGAAUAUAAUUUUAAAUUGUACAUUAUUGCGCCUGCGCACUUUUCCUUUAAGAAAAUAGAUUUUUUUAUAUUUCGAAUUUCCCGAGAAUAAAAUAAUUCAAAUUUAUUAACUGCAUAUAAAGGUUUCAUAUUGGUACACCUUUCAGGUCUAAGCCUGUUCAAAAUAUAGAUGUUAUGGUUGUAUUGAACGUGGAAGGAUAAUGUCUAUUGCUCAAUGAUAUACUACUUAAUGCUUUGUUACAAUGAAAAAUUUCAAUUGGUUAUUACUAACCACUUUAAUGUUUUACGUUUAAUAUAAAAUAAAUUUUGAAAGUUUUAAAAUUAGAAACGAGCGCAGUUCCAAUGAGAGGACACGCUCUUAAAACAAUACCAGUGAUUCAAAUUAUAUAUUAGUAAUUAUAUUAAUGCUAAUGU